GCGGCGCGACGCAGACGCUCGUAUACUGCUGCCGCCGCCGCCGCCGCCGCCGCCGUCCACGUGUUUACGCAAAACUUUUCCGCAUGCGAGCAGUUCCACGCGGCAUGAAAUUAUGAGUAUUGUGCAUACUGUGAUCUCGGCUUUGCUGAUAACAUUGAUAAGCAGAAGAGUCGUCUGCGGGCACAAUUGUGGACACGAGCAGCUCGUCCAGUGUGCGCGACCUCUCUCCUUCAUCACCGAGUCGGGGUUAACUUUCGUCGCGAGCCGCACGGAUUUGGAGAAGAUCUGUCCAGACCUGAAGGACGCGCUCAAAUGCAUUCAUUCGUACACGCGGAUGUGCAUGAACAUGCAUCAUCGCAAGCACUUCAAGCAGCUUUUCCACGGCACCGGCGCCACGGUGCACGAGCUCUGCGAUAAUUCAACGUAUCAAGAAGAAUAUUUGAAGUAUGUACCUUGUAUGAUGCAAGUGGCGGAUGAGAAUCAAGUUUGUUUCGAUCGGUACGCCACAGCGAUGAAAGAAAUUCAAAAUAAUCCUCCGCAGCCGCAACCUGAGGAAGAACAGCCGGAAAUUCAGGAGCACCAGCAGGGGCGACAUCAAAACCGUGAUAGUGUUACCAUCGCGGACGCCCUGCGCGCCUACCACCGCCGGAGAAAGCGAGAAACCGCCGACGAAGGAGUCAAAAACGUCUGUUGUACCUUUCAGGAAUACGUCCAGUGCUCGACACACACAACCCGGCGGGCGUGCGGCCCCGAUGCAGCCGAGUUCAGCCGCAACUUCCUCGAUCGCAUGUCGUCGUCGAUGAUCAAGAUGCACUGCUCCGAGUACGGCGCGAGUGAAUGCGGUUUGUCAUCCACUUCGCCGCCUCCACGAAUAACAACGCUGCCGUUUUUCGCCGCCGCUGUGUUGACUGCUCUGCGUUGCUUCACAAUCACAUUCACUUGAGCGCCGAAUUAAUCGAACUCUUCGUAAAUAUCACACCCUGAAACCCUGCUCUCCUGGAGUUUUUUCUUCUCCGCGUAGGAAAUUGGGAAUUAAUUUCGUCGAACAUUUGAUUAUUGCAUCUGUCUCGGCAAGUAACAGACAGUGGAAUGUUGGACUUGAUUGCAUUCGACCAUUGCGAUCGCAAAUUGUUUCGUUGUGAUGGAGAUUAGUUCAAUUGAGAAAAUUGCACUCGAAAUUGUUUGAAGUUGCUUGAGUUGAGAAUCUAAAAUGUAUAUUUAUGGUUAUUAGCGAUAUUUGUUUACAAUUUUACUUACGAUAAGCAAUUAUAUGCUCACGUGUAGUUCCUCUACGGCACUGAAUAAGUCAUUUGCACGAUUCUUCAUCAUGAAUCUGUAACCGAAGUAUUUGUAGCACUAACAUAUCAAUUAUUAAAUUAUUCUUGUUAUGUGUGGAACUAUUAAAUAAUGCCAAACUGAUGGCAAUUAAGAAAUUAAGCAAUUGUUACACACACAUCUUUCCACCGCAACAUUUGUAUAUGAUAAUAAUGUACAUAUCUUAAAAUAUUGGGUAUGAAACUUACCUUUCUGCUGCUUUUAGGACAUUUAGGAUUGACCUAAUUUAUUCCUGCCUCUUGUUCAUAUUUAACGUGAUUCUAUUAAACGCAAAUUGGAAAAGACAUUUGUAUAGAACGGUAUACACAUCUGGAUGUAAAAUACUGUAUCUGUUAUCUGUUCAAUGUGUACAUAUUAAAGAACCUUCUAAAAUAAA